UCUAUCAUGCCAUCGGAUGCCACGCCGGCGGCAGCCUCCGCUAACUCCAUCAAGGAAGAGCUUCCAUCUUCCCCGCCAAUGCUAAUAAAGGAAGCCAUGGCAAUGGCGGAGGCAACCAAACAGCCAGAGAAGGAGAUGGUGACACCCAAAUCAGAGAAUUCUAUUCUAAAGCAACCCACUUUCUGCCCGCCAGCGCCUAGGAAGCUCCAACCGGUUCGCAGGAAGGCAUUGACAGAGCUCUCGUUGAACCGAAUCUACGCCGUGCGGCGAGAUUUGUCUUCCGUCUUCGUCAAGCUUCCUACUGCUGGCCCUCCCAAUAAGAGAAUUCGGCUAUUAUGAGCCCCACUCGGCUUCGCUUCUGCAAUCUUGAGGUUCAUUGAUUUCAAUUCCCGGAAUAAAGUUCAAGCUUUUUUUCUCUCUCUCU